AUGCAACUAAGAGUGAAACCUCUUACGCGUGCGGAAAAGGUGGUACAGGUCGAUGAUGGGGCCUACGUGUCAGACUUACUGGCUGCAGUGAAAUGUGCCUUUGAUAUCGAUCCUGAGUACCAACGUUUGGUGUAUAAAGGAUGCCCUCUCCUAGAUAAAAAUAAGCUUCUUCUUAACUACGAAAUCAAGGACGGUGAUAGGCUUACAUUAUUGACGAAGAACACAAUACAGCGAAGUGAUUUCGAGUCUUUACUUCGGAAAUAUAUUGCCGAAAAGCUUCCUGAUUCAAAUGCAGAUGAAGUGGUGUCGAAAUUUUUCCAGAUAUUAUCUGCCAAGCUAAAUUCUAUGAGUCUCUUCGACAUUGAACAUCUCGCAGGUCUAUGGUCCAACUCUUCAUGAAAUGCAGUCUCAGGAAUGCUAAUGCACUACUGACCUUGGAUACCUUUGUUGUUUUUUUCUUCUCCCUCUUCUUCUUCUCCUUCCAUCUAAGCGUUAACGCAUUGUACAUUAACACUGUACAUCCAGUUUACGUGUGACAAUGCGAUGUUUGUAUAAAUCUUGUGAUUUUCGUAUAUUUUGUGUUUCUUCCCAAAUAGAAUGCUGAAAAUUAUCAAUAUAUAUUACUGUAUCCAAUUAGUAAUUGGUCUUUCUUAAUUUCUUCUUUUCUUCUUGUAUUUAAUAUGUGUGACAUGGAAAGCGAAUAAUUGUUUUGUGUUUAUAUAUAACUAGGCUAAUAUUCAAACAGGUAUGUUGUUUUUAUUGUUUACUUAUUUAUUCAUUUAUUCCCUUUCAAUACUUAACUUAAAAGCAGUGUUAACAUGCAUUUCUAAGCGUUAAUUUUUUGUUAAAUGCACAAAACCUCAGGACAUCCACUUUGUAGAUCUCGGUUGUCACUUAUAUGGUGGUUCGACGAAAUUAAUGAAGUGUCUGACUUAAUAAUAUACGCUUAGUUUGUGUUAUUAUUGAUUCUACUUCGAAUAAAUGAUCUCUACUUAAUAUUUAUCUAUAUUUGUUCGUAUGAAAAGUGAUCUCCUCAAACCACUGCAAAAAGACUUUUAUUUUAAAAUAAAAUUGUCUUGUCAUCAGUAUCUUGUCAGCUGCUGCAUACAACCUAAAUUCUAUUGCAUUUUUAUCAUACUUUAAAUUUUUUUUUCGAUAUACAGUGUGGAAC